GCCCGCACACAGCUGCCGCACACAUCCUCCCCGGGCACCAGCCCUCUGCCGCCGGGAUGCAGGAGGAGCGGGGGGCUGACAAGCCUGAGGACGAGCCGGGGGAUGGGAAACAGGAGCCGGCGGAGGAGGACGCCCACCCGGACACCAGGACCGACUCGGACAGUGUGGAGAGCAGUGACACCCCGAGCCCGCCGACCUGCAAGAUCUGCUUCCAGGGGCCUGAGCAGGGUGAGUUACUCAAUCCUUGUCGCUGUGAUGGAUCUGUGAGAUAUACACAUCAACUCUGCUUAUUAAAAUGGAUCAGUGAAAGGGGAUCGUGGACCUGUGAACUAUGCUGCUAUAGAUAUCACGUCAUAGCGAUCAAAAUGAAGAAACCGUGUCAGUGGCAGCGCAUUACUGUGACACUGGUGGAAAAAGUUCAAAUGAUCGCAGUCAUUCUGGGAUCCUUAUUCUUAGUAUCAAGUGUGACAUGGCUUCUGUGGUCAGCCUUUAGCCCUUUUGCAGUGUGGCAAAGAAGAGACAUCCUUUUUCAAAUAUGCUAUGGCAUGUACGGUUUUAUGGACCUAGUAUGUAUAGGUUUAAUUAUCCAUGAAGGAGCAGCUGUUUAUAAGGUCUUCAGGAGAUGGAGAGCAGUGAACUUGCACUGGGAUGUGUUAAAUUAUGACAAAGCAACAGACAUAGAAGAAAGCAGCCGUGCAGUGCCUUCAAACAGUAGGACAUUGUGGCUACCAUUAACUGCUUUCCGACCCAGGACCUUGGUUCAUCCAACACGUUUAAGCUCUCCCAGGCUGCAAUGUGGAUAUGUAUUACUACAUUUGUUCAACAGAAUGAGAACUCCUCCUGAAGAGUCCAUAGAGGACAGUACAUCAGGCGAGGUUGUCAUGAGAGUGACUUCCGUAUAAUG